AUGCUGCUUCUUCAACCCAAGUUGUCUGGCUCUCUCCUGCCGUGCCACAAGGUCUCUCUUCUUUUCUUCAAGAUGCCUCCUCGUCGUAGCACGAAGCGCACGUACUCAGAGCCCCCUGUGGACCCAGAUGAAUCUACCAAGAAGCGCAAACCGACCAACGGUAGAAGGGCGGGUUCUCCUUCUCCUUCCUCUGAUUUUUCAUCCGACGAACUUGAAAAUGAUUUGCCCCUCGAGCCAGAGGACCACGAAUAUGUUGACUACAGCAUGAUGUCCCAAGAUGGUCAAGUUGAGGGGUACUCACGUCCCCCGAAACAACAGCGAUGGAGACACGAUGGGGACCAGCCUAUUACCGAUCCAGCACUUGUCCCAGAAGGCUGGAACGCCGACGAACUAGAUCUCGACGUCAAUGACAUCGAUGCUCAAGUCGAGAGGUGUAUGGAGAGGAUUAGUGACGGAAUCUUACCCAACUUCUUUAAGUUCAGACUGUCACAGUAUGAGCAAAGAAGGGCUGCUCGCGAUAAAAUGAUCCAUUCUGAGCCGGCAGGACUCAGCUGGGACAUUGUUCGACGCUUGGAUCAUUUGAGUAUUAUCGAAACACAUCUCAAGACGGAAGGAGACCCGGAUAAUCAGCUUCCUAAUGUCACGGCGCUCAUCAAAGCUUACAGGGAAGGCAAAUUGGGAUGGUCGAGAGGAUGGGUCAGCUACUGGUCGAAGGGUGUGCAGCUCAAUACGCCCCAGAAGUUCGACCCGAAUCUUCAUAAGAAAAUGGCUGAUGAGUACGAUACUACUAAAUCGUGGUGGGUGGAAGGUCUUCAGCCUGCAGGUGGUGGCAGUCUUGGAGGGUUUCACUCCUUUGCGCCGUAUACCAAUCUCCACAGCAUUGAGUUCCCGGUGCAUAUAUCAGCUGAUAGUCAACGUCCUGGCGCCGAUGGCCUCACCCUAUACGUGUGCCAUGAUACAGGUGCCGAUAUUAUGGCGAUACCUCAAUGCUACAUAGACCAGCUGGAGUCGCUAGGUAUUCCAGUUCCAGUUCAUGGCUAUAAGAUCAUGGAUAUCCCUGGCUCCACGUCAUGCCACAAGGUUGUGGAGGUUGACGUCCGGGUGACUGACGGCAACAAUCAGCCUAUAUCCCAUUGGAUGAGAGUACAGGCCUGUGUCCUCCAAUCUCAGUCGGAGGACCACUUUGGAAUGAUUCUUUCGGGGCCUUUCCUGCGGUUUGCGCUCUACACUGCAACAUGCCCAGAUGGACAGGGAAUUCUCUAUGUUUGCGAUCACAAAAAGGAACUCAGGCAGCUGCCAGCCCUUCCCGACGACUUUGUGCCAAGGGGACCGCCAUUUGUGGCUACCACUCCUGCAGCUCCAGGAGGUGGAAAACCACCCCAAUUUUUACUAGAACAGACAAAAUUCAUCAGCCCGGCAACAGCGCAGCCACCUCCAAUCCCAUUACCAGCAGCCCCCGCGAAGACACCAGCGAAGAGGGGGAAGAAGAAGGGGGGAAAGAAAGGGACCCCCUAG